UAUAAUUUAUUUCGUAUUAGUUAAUUAUAUUGAGCAUCCAUCAUGACUAUGGCUGAGAAGAAGAACGAAUACCCUCCGGGCGUGGAGGCUGAUCGGAGGCUGCUCCCGUUCGAAACAUGGGAGGACUACUUGGAUUCUUUAAUCGAAAUUGCCGACCUCAGGAAUCUCAGAAGCAUUCCAUCUGCUAGAACAAUUGCCGCUCUUGGUUAUAGGGCGCUCGGAGAUACUCUAUCAGAGAAAGAGUUUUACGCGAGACGCGCCGUCAUACAAAAUAUUGUUUACCCAAUAACAAAGCCGUAUGUCCUGGUGAGUGAAGGGACCGACUUGGAAGAUCCUUUUAAAAGGGAAUUGGCGAUAAGGGAGCGCGCUAACAGAAUUGGCAUUUUGCAGUCAAUCAUUUUCAUACGACACUUUACAAGAAGCGGUUUCGAAAUAUCCGGAUACAUUGACUACGCACAUCGCCUGAUCACGCAGGAUUGGGGACCGUUUUUCAAGUCCAAAAAGAUGCUGUGGCCGAAGGAUAGCGACCUCGGAUAUUUUCAUUGGCGGCACGGUACCGUUAGAAGUAAUAUCAGCCGAAAUUAUAAGCCUGUUAUGGAUCCCGAACAAGGUCUUUUGUUUCAAAACCGGCACGACCAUAAGAUAAUCUGUCCCAAUCCGGAACAGGAGACAGGUCAGAAUUCAACAAGGACUAGAGUCUAUUCACCAAUGUAUACGCAAAUUGAAAUCUAUGAUCAUGUCGUUCGAAAGAAAUCCUAA